AAAAUUAAAAAAAAAAAUAGAUGGUCUUCACGACUUUUUUUUUUCACUCAUCGCUAAGUAUAAAAAAAUUAAAAAGCAGUUAUAGUGAUAAACUAUAUAUUGAUUUGAUACAACAAGACAAUCAUGGGUAAGACUUCUAAACAAACCAAGAAGUUUCAAAACAAGCACUUGAAACAUACGAUUGAAAAUCGUAAAGAGAUUCAAAAAAAGAAGAAGAAGUUUGACCUCAGAAAGAAGAAACCAGCCAAGACUGAAGAUGGAGAAGAAGUACCAUCAGGACCAGUCCGUAAAAAUGGAAAGGCCAAGGAAGUGUUCGAAGAUAUGUCAGUAGAUGAUUUCUUUGAAGGUGGAUUUGAAGUUCCAAAGGAAAAGAAAAAUAAUAAGAAGCAAGUUGUAGCUGAAGAAGAAGACGAUGAUGAAUCAUCUGAAGAAGAAGAUGAAGAAGCCAUGAAAGAAAACUUGAAACAAUUAGAAGAUAACGAUCCUGAAUUUUAUAAAUACUUGAAGGAUAACGAUACUGAUUUAUUAGAUUUCGAAGGUGUCAAUCCAUUAGAUGCCAUCAGUGAUGAUGAAGACGAAGAUGAUGGUGAAGAAGUUGAAGAUGAUGAUGAAGAAGAUGAAGUCAAAGUUAAAAAAUCUAAAGCUGAUAAGACUCCAGAAGAAGUUAAAAAGAUUGAAAUAACAUUAGAAUUAGUUCAAAAAUGGAAUGAAGCUUUAGAAAAACCAUCUACCAAACUUCUCAGAAAUAUCACGAUUGCUUUCAAAGCCGCUGUCAACAUCAACAAUUCUGAUGAUGGUGAUUAUAAGUAUUCAGUCACUGAUCCAAAAGCUUUUGGUGAUUUAAUGCUUUUAGUAUUGAAGAAACUUCCAGUAGCUAUUCAAAAAUUAAUCAAAUAUAAAGUGACUCCACAAGGAGUUAGAACUAUUCCUCAAAAGAAUCCAAAUGUUACUCAAGUUUCUACUAUUUUGAAAUCACACGCUGCUUCUUUCCUUACUUUAUUAAAAGACAUCACUAAUACUGAAACUGCUGCUUUAGUCUUAGCUUCUAUUCAAGAAUUAUUCCCAUACUAUUUAUCUCACAGAAGAUUAUUGAAACAAAUCAUUGGUGCUGUAGUUGAGGUUUGGUCAAUCACCACUGAAAUCGACACACAAAUUGCUACCUUUGCUUUCUUAAAUAACGUUUCAAGGGAAUUUCCAAAAUCAGUAUUAGAAACUGUUCUUAAAUCUUCCUAUACUGCUUUCCUUCAAAACUGUCGUAAGACUAAUAUCCAUACCAUGUCUCAAAUUAAUUUCUGUAAGAACUCAGCUUCUGAACUUUAUGGUGUUGAUGAAACUUUAUCUUAUCAAGUUGGUUUUGAAUAUGUUAGACAAUUGGCUAUUCAUUUACGUAACAGUAUUAAUGCCACUUCAAAUGCUAAAGAAGGUUUUAAAACCAUUUAUAACUGGCAAUAUUGUCAUUCAUUAGAUUUCUGGUCAAGAGUUGUUGCUCAACAUUGUAAUCCAGAACAAGAAUUAAAACAUAAAUCAAAAGAAUCUCCAUUAAGAAAGUUAAUCUAUCCAUUAGUUCAAGUAACUUUAGGUGCUAUUAGAUUAAUUCCAACUGCUCAAUUCUUCCCAUUAAGAUUUUAUCUUAUAAGGUCAUUAAUGAGAAUUUCUCAAUCAACUGGAGUUUUCAUUCCAAUCUUCCCAUUAAUUUCCGAAAUUUUAACUUCAACUACUAUAACUAAACCACCAAAGGGUUCAAGUUUAGCUGCUGUUGAUUUCGAACAUAAUAUUAAAGUCAAUCAAGCUUAUCUUGGUACCAGAGUUUUCCAAGAAGGUAUUUGUGAACAAUUCAUAGAGUUAACUGGUGAUUUCUUUGGAUUAUAUUGUAAGAGUAUUGCAUUCCCAGAAUUAGCUACUCCAGCUAUUUUAUCAUUACGUAGAUUUGUUAAGAAAUCAAAGAACGGAAGAUUCAAUAAACAAUUAACUCAAUUGAUAGAAAAAUUGAAUGCUAAUGCUACUUUCAUCAUCUCCAAGAGAUCAAAUGUUGAAUAUGGUCCUUCUAAUAAACAUGAAGUUCAACUUUUCUUAAAUGAUUUUGCAUGGGAAAAGACUCCUCUUGGUCAAUAUAAUGUUGUUCAUAGACAAAUAAAGGAAGAAAAAUUAAGAGUCAUUAGAGAAUCUUUAGCUGCUGAAGAACAACAAAAAGCUGAACAAAAGAAACAAGAACAAGAUGAAGAUGCUGAAGAUCAAGAUAUUGAUAUGAUUGAUUCUGAACAAGAAGAAGAUGAAGGUGAAGAAUCUGAUUAAAUAAAUAGUAACCUGAACAUAUAUUAGUUAUAUAGAUACAUGUAUAAUACA